AUGGCUCGUCCGCCAUUGUUCCCCGAUCAAUCCGCAGCUGGCAUAGCCGUCGAUCCACGCACGCUUGAACGUGUGAUACCAGAAUCAAAGAGAUCAGAUGGAACUGUGCGCAAGCAGCUUAAGAUUAGGCCGGGAUUCACACCCCAGGAAGAUGUUUCCCGAUUCCGUGGAUCACGCCAGCAGGCGAUGGAUUCCACCGCCCUUCCAAAGGGCCACAUACUAGGCUGGGUCGCGCCUUCUGCUGCCACGCCAUCUAAAGGCAAGACCGCUACGCCAGCACCCAAUAAGAACGCGAAAAAGCGCGCCAAUGCUCGAGCUAAGAAGAGCGCAGAGAAGACAGCUGUUGUGAAAGAUAAUUGGGAUGAUGAGGAGGAGGGGGAAGAUGAAGCGGCAGCUGAUGUGAAAGAGGCCACUGAGGAGUUGAAGGAGGGAAGCUCGAAGACCAGUAGCACGAAUGAUGCGACGACGGGAUCGCACACAGCAGACAAACCAAACCGAGCCGCCACACCAGAUUCAAAUUUAAAUGCAUCAUCAUCAGGAAACCAGAGCUCUGUUGAGCUUUCGCACAAACUUGAGGAGCUACAAAUCAAAUGA